UUUCUCCUUAUAUAGAUAAUUUCGCCAUUUUCUGGGCGUUUUCCGCAGUAAUGCGCCGUCCCCUUCCUAUUCCUUACGCAACAUAUCUCCGCCUAUCCUCUCUGCCUGUUAUCUUUACAGCUCCCCCCACUUUGAGGUAGCAGCCAUUUUGAUUUGGUCUCCUUUGGGCUCUGGUGGUCUGUAAACCAAUUGGUGCACGCUGAAACGGUGAAGCCACGGCGGCGAGCUGUGUCGUCGGGUCCCGUCUUCCUGCUGCGCGUCCUCGCUGCUUUGUGUACCGCUGCCAGCUGGUAUUUUAAACGGGAACUUUCUGGCAAAUGAAGUCAGAGCGCACUCCCUGAAAAGCCGCGACAAAUAGCUGCCGCAGGAAGGGUUCUCCCCCAGUUGAGGCUUUUUAUGCAGAUCAGCUUUUGGCUUAUGCCAUGAAUUGUGACGAGAAGGUUCUGGACAAGGCCAUUAAUUCCUGGUCAAGACUGGCCGUAGCAGGACAAAUAACCCUUCUGGAGGCUUUGAAGGUGUUCAACCCCAUGUCAAAAGAUCUUUCAGAGACUGAGACGCAGCUUAAGUCGUUCCUUCAAGGAAUCUGGGAUGAGGGCCAUAGACCCACAGUGCUAAAAAGCAAAGAUGUCUAUGGGUACCAGUCAUGCGUAGCUGCACCAUUGCUGCUAGAGAGAGAGCCUGAAAUGCCAGGCUUUGACAACAAAGUUCCUAAGGUUCAGAAGCCUGCUAAGAAACGAAGCCGGAAAUCUGUGCUGAAGAGGAGGAGAGUCCGUUACAAGUUGUUGAGCCCAGCUACUGAAAUUGUUUUAAAGAAGCAGCCAAAGAUCUUGUUAACAAACCUCUCGCAAGAGUCCCUCAAACAAAUGAUCCAUUCCCCAUCACUGCAUUCGACUGCUAGUCCAGUGCAGCAGUGCUUGAAAUUGACGAAUAUGAGCGGCCCCUCAGGUGGCCACACUGCAAGGCUGCAGAUUCAUUCAGAUUUGGCACCAUGGGGCAUCGCCGCCCCCAGUUCUCACCCACCGGAGGCACGAUCCGGCAUCCCAGUUCAGCCCCUGGAGAGUGCUGGCAAGACACCUGAAGUAAUUGCCUUGGAAAAUCUGGAGAAGGCGGACACAUCCCUUGUUGGAAAAUCUACAGCUGUGUGCGAGAACAGCAGAGUUGUGAAAAAGACCGACAGCUGUUACAAAAUGGUCCCGCUAAGGGUAGGUAGGUCAGAUAAGCUGGAUUGGAGGGACAGGGACCAUGUGACCGUUCUUGGUAAUUCAGUGGGCCAGGAUAUGUCCAGGUCCAUCUGGAUUAGGGAAGACCCACGGGACUUGCGACCAAACGAAAGCAGUUUGUGGUCUAAGGUGAUUAAAGUGGAUGAUUUGACCACAGAUGAAGAAGUGAGACUGAAAGCCCAGAAGAUUUUACAGGUUAAUUUGUCUCCCGUGAUACACAUUAGACCUCUUGUGGUUUAUCCCGUAUAAACUGAAUAGUUUUAAAGGAACUACUCACCCGCUUUUGCUAUUUGGGAAGGUUUUUUUUAAUGUAUAUUUUUAUACGCAUAACAUGAAGUUGCUGAGCCUGACUAGUCUUCAAGGUUUAUUGUAUAUAAAUACCUUGUAUCCAUUGGAUAUAACCCAAGAGUCGAAUUUAAAAUAACCUUUAUAUGUCUGUGAAGUGUGAACAUAUUUGGAUUUGACACUGGAUGAUUCCUGUCCCCUCCACACCUCUAGUUCGGCACCUGUACAAAUUGACUGUACUCAGUUGCACAAAUACACACACAUACAUGCACGUGUGUAUGUACAGCUUGUAACCCCUGUUGACGUUGGUGAUUAGUCUGACAGUCAUGUCAGUACUAUGCGGUGUCUAUGGAAUUGUAUCCACAGUGUGCCCGGGCCAGUCCCUAGAGAGACCCAUUUAGAUACUCAAAGAAAUUAAGCAUGGGUAUGUGGCUUUAAAUGCCUUAAAUAUAUUGUUUUGGUUUUGGGUAUGUCUUGAAUGUGGGUGCUUUGUUUCAGGGCAGAAUUAAACAAGCCAUUCUGUUCUGUUCAAAUUUACAAUGGGAUUGAUGUGUUGCAUCAACUUCUGCUGAAGCUGUUUUAAUGGUUUUCUGCUUUUGCUAAUUUAACCUUCUCCCCCCUCAAUCGCAGUGAUUGUUCUGGAGUUUAGAGGCAAAUACCCAUGUUUGCAUUCUGAAUUGUGGUUUAAAGACUCCAGGACAAGGAGCUUCAAAGUAGUCAGAGCCUAUAGCGUUACUAUUUUUUUUUAAUAGGACAAAAAAGUAAUUUAAUGACCCCUGAAAUAAAACCAUUGUGCUUUAAGAUUUACUGUAGUUUUUUUUUUUUAAUUCCAAAAUGUAGUGUUACAUUUUAUACAUCUUUUUUUUAUUGUUGUUCAUUAAUAUUUAUGUUUGUUUUAAAGAAUAAUAUCAAAUGAUUGUUGUUGCUUGGCUGGAGAGGAGACUAUAGGCUACACUUAAUGCUUUGGAUUUUAAAUUAAGGGUAUCGAUCUCUGAAGAAAUAACACUUUCACUGGCAAAGCAACAAAAUAUGGUAACGAUUGGCUUUUUUUUAAAUUGCUUCUUUCAGGUCACUUAUAGUGGGAAGUGUUUUUAUAGGAGUUCUGGAUGGACUCGUUUUCUGGUUAAUAUUUUUUUUUUAUAUAUAAAAUUGUCAUAAGGCAUGGUUCUGUGAACAAUUUUUUUUAAACGAUUCUUUCAGUGUUGUAUAUUUGGUAUUAUUGUUCAGACAUUGAAAUAAAGCUUUGUUUAGAAAGGAAAA